UAUAUUAAGAGGCAGAAAAACUCAUCUUUUCAGUGUAUAGAAACAGAGGAAAGAAAGAAAAUCCAGAAGAAGAGGAAGUGAUUUAUUGCUUCUUCUUCUUCUUCAGAAAUUAUUCUCAGAAUGGGUGCCGAGGUGUCUAAACAAGUCGAAAGACGAAAAGCUAUCGAUACUCAAAAGAAAAGCUUGUGUGAUCUCAAGGAGAAAAAUGGAUGCAACUUUCCUGGUUAUGAUUAUCAUGUACAGGACCGAAAAAAUUGGAUGUCAACACUUGCCCCCGAAAAACUUCAUGUGAACCAGAUCGUUUGGCCAGGUACACAUGAUUCUGCAACUGAUGAGAUUGGAAUCCCAUUCAUUUCUCGCCCUUUCGCACAAUGCCAAUCUUUGUCAAUUUACCAGCAACUGGUAACUGGUGUUCGUGUUCUUGACAUUCGUGUUCAAGAAGAUCGACAUGUAUGUCAUGGCAUCCUUCUUUGCUACCAUGUUGAUGUUGUUAUCAACGAUGUCAAGAAGUUCCUAUCAGAAACACAUUCAGAGAUAAUAAUCCUGGAAAUCCGUACAGAGUUUGGUCAUGAUGAUCCACCUGAUUUCGACAAGUAUUUGGAGGCUGAGCUAGGGGAGUUUCUCAUCCACCAAGAUGACAAUGUUUUCAACAAGACUAUUGCGGAGCUAUUGCCAAAACGAAUAAUAUGCGUUUGGAAACCAGGAAAAUCACCUAAACCUAGCCAAGGAAGUCCUUUAUGGAGUUCGUGUUACCUAAAAGAUAACUGGAUAGACACUGACUUACCUGAAAAGAAAUUUGAAAGCAACAUGAAGUAUUUGAGUGAGCAACCACCAGUAACAUCCCGGAAAUUCUUUUACAGAGUGGAGAACACGGUGACACCACAGGCAGAUAAUCCAGUCCUGUGGGUGAAACCAGUGACUGAACGGAUUCAUCCGUAUGCAAGGUUGUUUAUAAUGGAAUGUAUUUCUCGAGGUUAUGGUGAUCGAUUACAAAUAUUUUCAUCAGACUUCAUAAAUGAAGAUUUUGUGGAUGCGUGCAUUGGUCUAACAAAUGCAAGGAUCGAAGGGCAGCUCUGAAUCUGAACAUAUGUUUACAGGUUAAUAUAGCAGUAUAAGUAUGUCUUUCAGGAAUUUCAAUUAUGUACAUAGUUUGAUCAGAAAGCAAUGCAUCCUACUUGUUGCUGAAGAGGUAAUUGUGUGCUAUAGGUAGCUAGUUUGAUUCUUUAGUCCUUAUUUAGGUGCCUGAAUGCGUCUGCUGCUAUAUCUCUGUAACUAAGAAUGUGUGAAUUAUCAAUUGCAUGUUUGGGUUUGUG